UCCUUCUUCCUCCAGCAGCCCCGAGAGGUAGAAGUCUGCCAGGACCGCCUGAAGCUGAACCAGCGACUGCACCAGGACUCCGAGCAUGGAGCCGAUCGCGUCGUGGAGCGUGGAGAGAGUCGGCCAGUGGCUCCAAGGUCUCGAUGCCCCCCUGCAGCAGUACAGCGUCUCCGAGUGGCAGUUAUCGGGUCUGGAUUUGCUGCAGCUGACGUCCAGGGAGCUGGAGGGGUUGGGGGUCCAUAAGAUCGGGCACCAGGAGCUCAUCCUGGAGGCUGUGGAGAAACUCUGCUCUCUGACGUACGGUAUUGGUGGAGAGAGCCUGCGCGGCCUGACGGAGAAGCUCCGAGCCGUGGCACACACACUGCAGAUGGGCAUCCAGAGCCGCUGGCGCCUGAACAACUACGAUGGUCGUAUCAAGACCAAGAUGCCCGCCGGGAUCCUGCAGAUCGUGGUGGAGCUCAUCACCUCGGCUAAAGGCCUCUUCACUUUGCUCAACAGAUAUCAGUUGUCCCAGCUGAGUGGAUACACCAGCAGCACCAACAUCUUCACUCACUGCAGAGAGCUGGGAGACAUCGUGCACAAGGAUUCUACCGUCUAUGAGAAGGAACUGGACAUCAUCUCUGUGUGCCGUCAGCUGGUGGAGGUUUGCGAUGAAAUCCUGAAGUCCAGCCCGGACGCAGUCCUCUCGCACACCGCUCAGCUGGAGAGCGUUGACCUGGUGCCUGUUUCGCCUGGUGAUCAGCUGGGGAUCGAGAUAACGUCCACCAGCUCCAGUAACCACUUCGUGACCGGAACUGCUGCUGAGCCUUCUACUGAUUCCUAUUUGAAGAUCUUGGCUGGAGAUGAAGUGAUUCAAGUCAAUGACCAGAUUGUGGUGGGCUGGAGCCGAGCAAAUCUCAUAAAGAAGCUGCGGGAAAACCCGAAUGGCGUCACUCUGGUAUUGAAGAAGAUCCCGGGAUCACUGCGACGCAAACACUCACUUCAGAUCACCUCCACGAAGAAGGAGGAAGAGGAGAACGAAGAACGGUCUGAGGAGGAGGAGGAGGAGAAGGAGGAGGAGAAUCCCAGACACUCCAUAUUUGAGAGGGUCGCAGCGUCUGUCAGAUCCUUGUCUUUCAGGCGCGCUGUACAAGGGCCAGAGGUGCAGCAGCAGCCUAUGGGACAAGAAGAAUCGGAGCUAUCCCCUGAAAAGGAGCAGGAAGGCGGUCUCACUCUGACUUCCUACCAAAACCAACAGGAGAGGCUGUCCCCUCUGUCAGCCUCAGGGGACUUUGGGAGUUUGGACGGAGCCCGGCUCUCUCCAGGAUUCAGAAGAGACCGGUCGCCGUCGCCCAGGAGUCCCUCACCUCGACUGUUCGGCCAAGAGAGAUCGAGCGUGAGUUCCUGCCCUGAGAUGGUGGGACACACGGCAAAUAAGGAGACGAAAAAGAUUUCCACUAAAGGAAUGACGACGGCUCUGAGUCGGCGCCGCGUGUCCUGCCGCGAGCUGGACCACCCGAACUGCGACGGCUGGCUGUGGAAGAAGAGGAAGGAGAGCAGCGUCUUCAUCGCCCAGAAGUGGCAGCGCUUCUGGUUCGUGCUGAAAGGGCCAACCCUCUACUGGUUCACCAGCCAACAGGAUGAAAAGGCAGAGGGUCUGGUCAAUAUAGCCAGCUACAACAUAGAGAGCGCCGGAGAGCACAAAAGAAAAUACGUCUUCCAAAUGUGCCACCAGAAGUUUCAGAACUUCAUCUUUGCCGCUGAUAACGUCAGCGACAUGGGGCGGUGGCUCAACUGUCUGAUUGCCGCCAUACAGAAGCACAGGAAAUUCCACAAAGACCCAGAUCAUGAAGAAGAAUGUUACAGUGAGACCGAAUCAGAGAGCGAGUCGUCUCCGUCUCCCCGCCGGAGAAACAAGAAGGUACAGUCCAACACUCUGCCUCGCCCCAAGGGGAAAACCAACAAGGUGCCGUUACUGAGUUCAUCAACAGAGGGCAGCAAAGGAACAGGCGGCGGCCCGGUGGACGAGAUGGGCAUGAUGCUGAACAACCUGAAGGAGGGGGGCGUCUCUCUGAUCGGCAACGAGCAGCCGUUUACGCACGACCACUUCAGAAAAUCCUUCAUCCGCCGCAACAAGAACCCCGUCAUCAACGAGAAGGCGCACACACUCCGCGCUCUGCAGAGCACCCUGAAGGCUAAAGAAGCCGAGCUGCAGCAGAUCAACAAACUCCUGGACGAAUCGCAGCUGACGGCCUCCAGGUACCGCCUGUGGAAGGAGAGCAACGAGGAGCUGGUCCAGGAAAUCGAGAGGCUGACUGCACUCAAGGCCUCCAAAGCGGCGGACGGCGGAUCGCCGCAGGACACGCCCACCGAGGAGGUUGCCUUGGAGACCGUCGCUAAGGAAACAGCCGCUGCAGAGACGGGAAGCGCAUACAGACUGAGCCUGAGCGAUGGGGAGCAGUUAGUCGACGCCGAGCUGUCGAGCGUUUCCCAGCAGGCGUCUCCGAGCGCGGAGACCGGCCCGGAGCUGGAACUGUCCCUCGGGUCGCUGCAGGAGUCGAUCAAUCAGCAGCUGAGUGAAAUGGCUGAGAGCGGCGACGGUUCAGAGAACUAUUUUUACAUCUGAGGCCCGCACCGGAACGGCAGCCGCCGCUCAAGGUUCACCGAAAUCAGACAAAUGAAUUGUGUUUGUCGUGAGGCGCGCCCUGCCUUUCUCUCCUGAUGAAUUUCACCUGAGCGAUUAGUUCAAAUUGCAACUAAAUCAAUAAUCAGUGAAAUGCAUCGGCGCGGAGGUUUCUUUUUUUCAGUAGGAAAACUAUUUUAGACAAGUUUACAACGGCGAUGUGAACAUUUUGCCAAGUGUCAAGCUGAGAGCAGCACACACCUGUUGAAUUCUGACGUCGUGAGACGAGAUUUCUCUUGGAAUUUGAUGAGACUUAGUGAUGAAAGUCAGGUCUCGUAAUGUGAUAUUUGUAAAUACACUGUGAAUACCGUAUGUAUUUGUUUUAUUGACGAGACCCUAAAAGAUGUACACUGGAGAUAUUUUGCACAGAACGUUCAUUUGUGGAUCCUGUCAGCAGAGGAUCUGUUCUUUCUGCAGCGUCUUCUCACACACUCUACCUGCGUAUGUGUGUGUGUGUGUGUGCGUGUGUGUGUGAACCGUACGACUGAGCUGUGUGACAGUUCUAGGUUAUUGCUCGUAUCGCUCAUGUCUCCCGUGAAUGCGGCGGGACGAGUGGGGGCUCUUCGGGAGCCAAGACAUUUGCUGUGGCCGUGUUCCAUUUCACUGUAAUCUUCACUGGCUCAAUAAAGGAGCGUGGUGAUCACCGAG